AAAUAAAAUAGUUUUAUUUUAAAAAGAAUGUUAUAAAAUCAUUAUUAUUAUUGUUACAAAUAUAAAAAAAAAUGUAUGAAAGAACAAGUCAAAGGUUUGCAAUUCAUUUCAAAGCUGUCCUUGUAUCCAGAUGUUAAGUGCUUAUUUCCUAUUUCAUUUCAAAUGCAAAAUAUCUUUCAAGUAUUAGUACAACUGUGAAGUGAGUCAAAUCAUUUAAAGAAUAAGACAAUAUACAAAUAUUUUUAACUAUUUUUAUAAAUUAUACGCGAUAUUAUAAAUUAUAAUCGAUUAUAAAUAAUAAUGUCAACGUUAUAAUGAAUUUUAUCAAUUAUCUCUACUGAUAAGAUAGAUAACAGAAAAUAAAUUUUAUAUAUUGGUUCACGAAAUUAUCAGUUAUACGCUGAUUUUCAAGCAAUAACUAUCAUGGUUCGUGAUCGAAUGCCGGAAUUACGUGCUUAUCAAAAUAAUAGCACUACAUUUGGUAAAGGAUUUUUACAAGAUGUACAUAUCCAAAUUUACCAAAAUAAAAAAUUGAAGGAAGUAUUAGAUAAAGUUGAAGGAAUUCGAGAUUUAAUUCAACUUAUUGCUGAAAAUACUGCUAUUGUAAGGAAUUUACAUAAUAAUGUUUUAUCAUAUACUAAUAAAGAUAUACAAAAAGAAUUGGAAAAUCGAAUGUAUACUAUUUCACAAACGUCAUUUCGUAUUCAACAAAAAUUAAGAGAAAUGAGUAAAGAAGUUGUCCCCAUUGAUGAUUUAACUAUAACUAGUGCAAGAGAAGGACCAAUACAUAUACGAAUUAAAGCAUUACAAUAUACAACAAUGUUAAAAUUAUUUUCUCAAAUUAUGGAAGAAUAUAACAAUUCAAUGUUGAGAUAUAAUGAAAAAUGCCGUUUACUUUUACAUCAACAAAAAUUGUUAAUUAGAAAACACAUUACAAGUGAAGAAUUGGAAAAGCUACUUGAUGUUCAAGAAAAUAAUAUAUUUGUUGAUAAUAUUUUAGAAGAUAGUAAACUUGCAAAGCAACAAUUAUCUGAUAUUCAAAAUAGACAUAAUGAAAUAAUAAAAAUAGAAAAAUCUCUUGCAGAAGUUAGAGAUAUGUUUACAGAAAUGGCAUUUCUUAUUGAAAAACAAGGAGAACAAAUAAACAAUGUGGAAUAUUUUGCUGGAAAAACAGCAGAUAAUAUUGAUUCUGGUCGUAUUGAUCUUAAAAAAGCAGAAAAAAAGAAUCAAAGAUAUAGAAAGAGAAAAAUUAAACUUGGUAUAAUAAUUAGUAUAAUAAUAAUCAUUUUCUUGAUAAUCAUCAUCCUUUUAUAG